AUGGUCGCAGAUGAUGAAGAUCAAGCCAUUCUCCGUCGAAUCGAAAAUGAAAGGCUUCAGGAGCAGCGCGAACACCGAAAAGAGGUUGAAAAGGAAAUGCGUGCUGAGAACCAAAAAUGCCGGGAGGAAGCUCGUGAAGAGCGUCGAAAGAUACGCGAGGAAACACGCCGCUUCGAGAGGGAGUGCCGAAUGGAAAUGUACAGGUCCAUCAACAACGCUACGGAUGACAAGGGCAAGGCCCUUGCUAUGGGCAAAAUGCUAGCCAUGCUGAAACAGAACGAGUUCCCCAGGCGACUGAACGGCAUGGGCCGCGAUGAACAUGAAUACGUGUUUGACGCCAGCAUAAUGCGAGGGCCAAGUCAAACUGUCACCUACACUAGUCGGUUUGUAGACCGUCUGAGUGACAUCACGGACGAUAUGUGUAUUUCGGGCGCUCUCUCCAUCAAGGCUGCCAAGAUUGGCGGCAACGGCAGAGGCUCUUUCAUCGACAGCGACAAAUUCAAGGAGUCCGAUUUGACGUUUUACAUUUCAGUAAAGGUCGUCAACCAGACUAUUAACUUUAAGGACGCGCUCCAUUUCAAUGAUAUUCAAGGAGUAAACAAGGAAAACUUUCAAAAAGUGUAUGGAGACACGUUCAUCUCUGGAUUCCUAGAGGGAGGCGAGUUCAACGCCGUCGUCAGCAUGAAGAUUCUUGACAAGGCUGAGAAGUUGGAUCUUCAGAAGGAAGCAAAGAUUGCCUUCACAGCUGGCCCCAUGGGUCCUGAAGCCGAGUCUAACAUUGCUAUUGCUCGAAAUAAGAUCGAGUCUAACACGGAGACUACGAUUCAAGUAAGCUGGUGUGGCGGUGGACGAAUAAAACCUAUGGAGCAGCAAUGGGAUAUUAAGAGCCUCAUGAAAGCAGCAACACGCUUCCCUGAUCUCGUGGCAGAGUGCCCCCAGAGGACGUACGCUAUUCUUACUAAGUACGAAAACCUAAGAAGCUUCAUCACAAAACAUCGACCAGCUCAUUCGAAACUUCAGUAUGAGAAUGCGCAGAUUUACACAAAUAUGCUUAUGGAGUCGUUCAUGAGUUACAAAACGCUAUAUAAGCAGAUCUCCGACCAAAUGUUUCAAGUCCGCCAGAAAACGAUGGAAAUUGUGCCGUGGGAAGUAAAGGAAGCUUCUGAGGUAUUUGAGAAAGUGGACAGUGCCCAAAAGUCGGCCUCUUCUACUUCUGCAGUUACAGUGCAGGCGAAGACCACCGAGUCAAGCACGAAGAAAGACGGAUUUUACCCCUAUAUUGAAGACAACAGCCCGUUUGAGGCAACUAUCGAUGGGCUUGAUCAGGCACGCCAGGCUAUCCGGCGUCAAAUGGCUCGCAUUGUUAAUGAAGUCGACGCAAUCGAGGUGAACCCUGGCAUUGCGACCGACGAGGACCACUGUGAGCCUUUUCAACCUCCUGCCUCAUUCGAAAUGCGAAUUCCUGUCGUUACUACUCCAGAAAUCCUGCCCCAUGAGAAGAUGCCUUCUAUGAAGCAGCGCAUCUUCAACUUGAUGCGGCGACGAGUUCGUCUUAUUUUUAGGAGGAAAAGCUGUGGUGAACAAAAGAGCCAGUGA